AUGCUAAUAAAUGAACAAGGCUUUUUUUCUCAUAUUAAUUUAUCAAUUGCACGUUAUCAUCAAUUUAAUACAAUUCUUUGUUUUCUUCCAUUGGAUGAUAUUCAAUCACUCGCAAUUGAUAGUGAUGCAUCCCCACUUCAAUUAACUCGUUGGCCUUAUUUACCUCGUUUGAGAACUCCGCGUAUCAUUGGCGCAUAUAAUUAUGAUGAUCUUUUAUUGUUUCUUUUGCUUCAUGCAGCUACACUCACGCAUCUCAUCAUCAAAUCAAACAAAAGAUUGAUUUCGCAUGGUUCUUCGAUUAAAUUCAAUUAUCCAACAGGUGACAUGGUGAUGUUAUUAAAUAAUAUUCUUCUUAUUCAUUUAUCUGCACUUCGAUCUCUCGAUUUGGGUAUGAAAUAUUACAGAACAUGUUGGCCUAUUACUACUGCAGUAGUUCCUCUUACCUAUCUACGUCUUUCUUUGCUAAAUAUGGAUAUCUUAAUUCGUCUUAUGUCAACACCACCACUCUUCCAAACAUUACGUCAAUUACACUUACAAAUAGGUGACAGUGACUUCAACAGUCAUUUUUCUGUAUCAAUGUUUCAUCUAUCGAUUCGAAUGAUUAAUUUACACACAUUUACUUUUGUUCAAACAUUUUUCUCGAUGUUAACCAUUGAAUGGACAGUUUUCGAAAUGCUGACAUCUUCAAAAAUUAUGCCUGUUCUUCGACAUGCCAAUGUGUCUAUCUUUAUUAAUAUUAAUGAUUUAAAUCGUAUUGGUUCAUCAUCACUUUUUACUGAUCAUCGUCAUGUUGAUAUUCAUUUUGUUUUCAAUCUUAUCAAUUUCGGUGCAACACUUCUUGUUAAUAAUUGGUCUGAUAGAUCAGAAUGGCUUACGGAUGGUGAUCCUUUUAGUCGCGGACGUCAAUAUUAUCAUAAUAUGUGGUAUACUCUUCCAUGGGCAUUUGAUGAGUUCUUUCACGAAUAUGUUCCAUACAAAUGGAUUACUAAAGUACAAGUGUUUGAACAACCUUCUCAAAAAAUAAUGACAAUUGAUCAAUCAUCUCUUCGUACACUAGAUGCAUCAGGUCCAACUUUGGCAUCAUCUAUAUACUCUUUACCUCAUGUGGUUUUAUUUGAUUGUAUUAAAACGUUCCACUUGUCCUUUUGGAAUACACCUGUUCCUAUAGAAUUAUCUACUCUUUGCAAUAUAACUCUUGUCAAUAGUAUUGGCUUUUUGAACGAUUUAUCAUUUCCAACAAAUGUUCGUUCUAUUCGUAUUCUACUUUUUUAUAACUAUCCUAAUUAUAUGCUGCCAAACUGGUCAAUGGUUUUACAUACACUUUCAACUUGGCCACAAUUGCGUUCAUUACGUGUAUUUAUGUAUGACUUACCAGAAACUGUCGAUGAUAAAAAUUGUGAAAUAAUUGCAAAGAUAGCAUCGUUAGUUAGCGACUUUGGCUUUUGCUUUAGACAUAAAUUCGGUUUGGCAGAUGCUGAUGAACUCAAAACUGUAUUUAAAAAUCAUAAAAAAUUUAUUAAACAAUUAGGCGAUUGUAUUCUAUUGUCUUUUGACAAACAACAACCUUAUUAUUCAAUUGAAAAAGAUGAAUGUGGACUCAUUAUGUGGUUUUAA